AUGAAGCUUUCUUUGCAAAACUUUGUCACAAGAAAUUUGGGUGUGCGGAGAUUCAAGCUGUACAUCACCACCUAUAACCAGGAAAAUUUAAGUUGCCUAAUCAAUCAGUGGAAUGACUUUUUGACAAAUAGCAGAUUGGAAGAGGUUUAUAUUGAAAUCCCAAAAACCAAAACUGGAAAAUUGCACUGCAACUUGCCUGGAGUUGCACUUCUUUCUUCCAAGACAUUAACCGCAUUUUCUUUGAGUGGAUGUGGGUUGAAGAAUCAUUAUUGCAGCAAUUCAAUUAGUCUUCCUAAUCUACAAAAUUUGGCUUUGCAACAUAUGGAUGUGGAUGAGACUUUUGUCCAGAAUCUUUUGUUAAGCUGUCCUUUACUUGAGCACAUUAUAAUUAUCCAAUGUAAUAAACUGACAAGCCUUGAGGUGUCAAGUAGUCUUCAAAGGCUCAGAACACUUGAAGUGGAAGUCUGCAUUGAACUUGGAAAGAUUGUGGUUGGAACUAGUUCAAGUCUUGAGUCUCUAAGAUUUAGUAUGUUUAUGCCAUGCGAGAUGAUCAACUUGGCAGCCAGUGAUGGUUUGAAUUCCCCAACUCUAAGAUUCGUCGCAAUUACAAGGAAAGCAUCUUUCCAUUUCUAUUUCUCUCUUGGAGAUCAUGGCAAGAUUUGGGUUCAUAAACUGCAAGAAUCAUUUCAAACUUCUAGUCAUAUUCAAGAUUUUAGAGUGGCUAUAGUGUAUUACGAAGACAUGACUUAG